AUGGGGGACCUCCCGGCACCACGAGUUACUCCAGGCCGGCCGUUUCUGCAUACCGGCGUAGACUACGCUGGACCGAUUUGGAUGCGAACUGCAGGGGGCCGCGGACUCAAGGCGACAAAAGGUUUUAUUGUUGUCUUUAUUUGUUUAGCUUCCCGAGCAGUCCACCUCGACGCCGCCUCGGACUACACCGCUGACGCCUUCCUUGCCGCCUUGCGUCGGUUCGUCGCCAGGCGAGGAGUCUGCCACUCGCUAUAUAGCGACUGCGGCACCAACUUCGUGGGUGCCGAUAAGCAGCUUAGGCAACUAUUCUCCGCCGCCAGUGCCGACGGACAUCGCAUCGCAACCUUCGCCGCCCAGGAAAGAAUCCGGUGGCGGUUCAACCCGCCGGCUGCACCUAACUUCGGCGGUUUAUGGGAAGCUGCCGUGAAAGCGAUGAAGUACCACCUUCGGCGAGUCAUCGGUGACGCCACCCUCACCUACGAGGAGAUGACUACUCUCCUAGCCCAAAUUGAGGCCUGCCUCAAUUCCAGACCGCUGCAGCCGUUGUCUGACGAUCCGGAGGAUGUAGCCGCACUCACACCUGGUCACUUCCUGGUCGGCUCCGCUCUCUCGGCGAUCCCCGAACCGUCGCUCGAACGAGAGCCGUCGGCACGUCUCUCACGGUGGCAGCUCCUGCAAAACAUGAAGGACCAUUUCUGGUCUCGGUGGGUCAGCGAAUACUUACACACGCUGGCCCAUCGGCCGAAAUGGUCCCGAAUUAAUCAGGAGGCUCGCGUCGGUCGAAUCUGCCUCGUGCGAAACGAAAUAACACCACCAACACGGUGGCCGCUUGCGCGCAUUACACAACUGCAUCCAGGUUCCGACGGUAACGUUCGCGUAGUCGACGUCCGCACCUCGACCACAAAUUUGACGCGUCCCGUAAACAAGUUAAUCUUUCUGACCGACGGCACCGAAGACUCACUCGAAUCGCAAUCACGCGUCGUCCGCGAUUAG